GAGUUGACACGUUACUAAAUCUGAAGCAAUCCUUUCACAUCGACAUAUGAAUUUAUUUAUUUAAUAAGCUAAAAGUCUACAUACGUGUUUUGCAUCUUGUGACUAUAUAAUCUAGCCUUGAUUUAAAGUAACUUGUUGGAAUUAUCUAAGCCGAUUAGACUAGUUCUACAAAGUGAUCAAACAUGGGGGCCUACAAGUACAUCCAGGAGAUUUACAGAAAGAAGCAGAGUGACAUAAUGCGCUUCCUUAUCCGUGUACGCUGUUGGCAGUACAGGCAGUUGUCAUCUGUUCACAGGGCUUCAAGACCAACCCGCCCAGACAAAGCUAGGCGUCUUGGGUACCGUGCUAAGCAAGGUUACGUUGUCUACAGAGUGCGCAUCAAGCGUGGUGGUCGCAAACGCCCAGUUCCCAAAGGUUGUACCUACGGUAAACCCAAAACCCAUGGUGUUAACCAGCUGAAAUUCCAGCGUAACCAGAGAAACGUGGCUGAGGAACGUGUUGGUCGCAAAUGUGGAGGACUUCGUGUACUGAACUCUUACUGGGUAGGUCAAGACUCUACCUACAAGUUCUUUGAGGUAAUUCUAGUGGACCCAUUCCACAAGACAAUCAGACGUGAUCCUGCCAUCCAAUGGAUCUGCAACCCAGUGCACAAACACAGAGAGCUGCGUGGUCUUACCUCUGCUGGAAAGUCUUCUCGUGGUCUUGGCAAAGGGCAUUUGUUCAACAAAACUACUGGUGGCUCCAGAAGAAGAAACUGGCGCAAAAACAAUACUGUAUCUAUGCGCAGAAAGCGUUAAAAUACAUUUUAAAAUAUAUUUUAAUUUUCUGCUGA